AAAUGACUGUAUGUUGUUUCUCGCUUAUUACAUAUUUCGGAACUCGUUAUGAUAUUAUAUUUAUAGCGAUGAUUUUACUCCUUAUAAGAAAUGGCUGUCGCCAUUAUAAAACGUGUUUUAACGUUUCUAUUUUUACUAACCAAUUCAUUGCAAUGUUUUAACAUUACUAUAUAUUACUAAUUCUUCUGACUAGUUUUACCACUUUUUGUACAAACAUUGACUAUAUAUUCUGGAGAAGAUGCUUGAUUCGGUCAGUCUUCCUGAAAUCAAGUAACCGCAAACUCACAAUGCUUUUCCAUCGCAACGUACUCGGGACGGUACUGUUCCUGACUUCGAUACAAAGUUUUGGCUCUGCAUCUAUGGAUACGGUUCCACCUAUCCAUGGUUCGGACGAAACCAGGGAAUGGAUCAAAAGGAUUGUUGGCUCGUUACGACAACCGUGGAUCGAAGGUUUCAAAUCUGUUCUCCAUACCACUGAAUCUUCCUGUGCGACCGAAGUCGCGGCGUUGAUACAAGCGAUGGAAUCUGGCCACGAAUGGGCUUUUCAAAUGCUGGAUGCUUCGUCGGGCCUUCAAACCGGACUUAUGAAAGGAAACUUUAGAGACGUCGGAUUGUACGACGAAUGCGUCGAAGCCAAUGGGCAAUACAACCACGUCAAUAUCCGGGGUAAGCACUGCAUGGUUUCUCUGGGUUCGGCGUCUCCUACGUCACCUGCGGUUAUUGGUAUUGAUUAUCUCCGCAUUUUAUCAUCCAUUUGUGUUCCAUCGUCGUGCAACGAGACUCAGGUUGAGCAGAUCGUCAAUGCUACCGUCGCGAACAUACCGACUAUCAGCCACCUAGGAUUAGAAGCAAGUAACGCGUUCUGCGCGGACGUGGGAUCCGAUGACUUGAGUGCUGGAGAAAUUUACACGCUAAUCACGCCAUCUUUCGUCGUCGUUAUGUUGUUCGUUUCAUUUUUUAUAAAUCGCUUUGGAAACGGCCCCCUAUGGAAAAUUUGGAUUGGUGACCACGUAGAAAUUUGCAAAAAAAAUUGGUGGUUCAAUAUGUUAUACAUUCAGAACUUUUUGAAACCAGAACUUAUGUGCUUACUCCACACCUGGUACUUGGCUGUUAAUAUGCAGCUUUUUUGGCUAUCGCCAAUUGUCAUAUAUCCACUCUACCGCUGGCCAAAACAUGGAAUCCGAAUACUAGGUUUAGUCCUCCUCGCCUCGAUUUUUAUACCACCCAUUGUUCUAGGUAUCAAUGGUUAUACUAACAGAACAUUUACCAUGCACGUAGACUCGGGAAUACUAGACUUCGGGGACUUGUUCAACUUCUACAUACCGACUUACAAUCGAGCCAGCGCUUACUUCUUUGGAAUGUUCUUGGGUUACGACGUAGCGACCAAGAAGAGGCAACUUACGAAGGUGAACGUAUGGAUCAACUGGGCUGCAACCUCCGUUCUUCUCCUAUUUUGUAUGUGUGCUACUCAUUUCAAUUACAACAAUGCUUUUGCGUACAACCGUGUAUUGGAAGUUGUACUCGCACUUACGUUACGUCCGUGUUGGUCGGUUGCCAUUGCUUGGAUCAUUUAUGCAUGUACUCACGGAUAUGGAGGCCCCAUCAACAGCUUUCUGUCCAUGCCGUUCUUUCGGCCACUCAGUCGGUUGUCAUUUUCCACUUACUUGUUGCAUGCUUUGAUCCAAUCUAAGAGGAGUGCGGUCGCACAGACUCCUGUGGUGUUUUCGAAUUCUUUGAUAGUAAGUCUUUUUCUUUACAACUUCCGUUGUUCAACCUGCGCAUUUGAAAUUCAACCCAUCUCUUCGCAGAUUCACGAGUAUUUGAUUGAUUUGGUGCUUUCGAUCGUCGCGGCUUUUGUUUUCACCUUAUUUUUUGAGUCUCCAUUGGUUGUGUUGGAGAAAAUUUUCGUCAGUUCCAAAUCAGAGGUUAACCGAGUCACUCUGGUGCGAGGCACGGAUAACGGACUGCAGGUUAAGGAGGAAGGAAUUCGAAAGGAAUCGACGAAGAAGGACUGAUGUUGCCGUUUUCUGUCAACCGUUAUAUUAUAGAAAAUAUUAUGUCGAGAAUUGCCACUGUUAUAGAAUAGUUAUACCCACCCUACUCCUUCUUUUAUUCAAGUCCGAUUUUUCUUCGUGUCUGACGCGCGCUGCACCAUAAUUAUUAGAUGUAUCGGAUUGUACUUGAUUACGCAUGUGGAAAUAUUUUGUUUUAAUAAAAAUUAUUGAUCGAUUUCGAAUCUGUGCAUCGAGCAGAUUUGUACUUGGCGUAUCUCACUGACCUUCUAAGUUUUUCGCAUGAAAUCUUCUCAAUGCUAUUGUGCCACCAAGUAUUUCCUUGAUGAAAGAGCCUCCCAAAAAAUCAUCCGUCUGGAGAUCCCCGCGGAUUUCUCUGAAACAAGUGCUGAAUAAUACCUCACUAUACCCUAAUACUCAGGGAGAAAUUUUAACUUGAAUAUGCGAAUCCUUCCGAAGAUAUGUGGAAGCAAAGUUGGCAAAUUUCCAUACAUUAGAUAGAACAGCCCAACAAAUAAUCUCAACGCUGAAUCCAAAUCGCGUAUAUACCUCCAAAACAAUUCAGUAAAGCCAAAAAAUCCCCUGAAACGUGUAUGCUCUUCCAAGGCAUGAUAUAUAAAUGAAACGAUAUAAAGAUAGAAUUUCAUUUACAUCUCAAGGUAUUUUUCUAAACAGGCCCAACGAGUACCACGUGUUACUUUUUUUCAAUAAGUCAUUUUGUUUUUACAUUUACACAAUUAUCAUUUGUAGUUGGAUAAGUUUAGGGUCAGUCUGACCCCAGUGUGACAACAGUGAGAUUCUAGAGAGAUGUGAAAGCUAAGUGUCAAGUUUCAAUCAUGCUAUUAUUGUAAAUUAACAGACAUGUACAUGGCAGUAGUAUGUGUUUUGAAUCUUUUUUGACCAACCAUGAGAACACAUUUUUAAUGUACUUGGCGAAAGGUUUUUGGAUCAGAGUUGCUUUUUGGGGGAA